AUGGUGAAAGCUAUGAUAGAUGCUGGUUUACCAAGUUUGGGGUGUAUGGCACACACCCUGCAGCUGGCCAUCCAUGAGGCAGUGCUGUCACAGCGCAGUCAUAUUCUGACCAAAGAGACUGCAGCAGAUCAUGGUGUGAAGAUAAAUAAGGACACGUUGCUGGAAGCUGUCACCAAAAGAUUUGCUGACAUUGAAGAAGAGCCCCUCUACAGUUUGGCAACAGUCAUAGACCCAAGGUACAAAGACAGAUUUUAUUCUGAAGGACUUGAGACCAAAACACACAGACUGCUUCUUGGUCUGAUGACAGAAGCCGCUCAGAGGGAUCCAAACCAAGAACAUGAAGCUAACAGCACAGGGGAGCCAGCAGAGAAAGUGCCACGACCAGGAUCUUUGUCUUCAAUAUUCGGUGAGAUCCUGGCAGAAGAAACCCCACAGCAGGCUCACACCGACAGUCCAACGCCAUCAGAGAUGAUAAUCUACCUCUCAGAGCCACCCAUCUCUCGGAGUGCAUCAUCAUUGGAAUACUGGAAAACUAAUAAGGAACGUUUUCCAGACCUUGCUAAAGUAGCAAGAGCUUACCUGUCUGCACCAUGCACAAGUGUGGAGAGUGAGCGCUUAUUCAGUGCUGCAUCCAACAUUGUGGACGAACACAAGAAUAGACUCAUGACUGAAAAAGCUGAGAUGCUUCUCUUUAUUAAAAAGAACCUUCCCACAACGCUUACCAAUAAGUAA